AUGCGCCAUCCCGAGGGACCUGGACGGGCUGGAGAGGGGGGACCUGCAAACCUCGUGGAGUUCCACAAGGCCAAGGGCACGGUCCUGCCCGAGGCUGGGGAGAACCCGGCCGCCGAGAGCCGAGCUGGGGAGAACCCGGCCGCCGAGAGCCGAGCUGGGGAGAACCCGGCCGCCGAGAGCCGAGCUGGGGAGAACCCGGCCGCCGAGAGCCGAGCUGGGGAGAACCCGGCCGCCGAGAGCCGAGCUGGGGAGAACCCGGCCGCCGAGAGCCGAGCUGGGGAGAACCCGGCCGCCGAGAGCCGAGCUGGGGAGAACCCGGCCGCCGAGAGCCGAGCUGGGGAGAACCCGGCCGCCGAGAGCCGAGCUGGGGAGAACCCGGCCGCCGAGAGCCGAGCUGGGGAGAACCCGGCCGCCGAGAGCCGAGCUGGGGAGAACCCGGCCGCCGAGAGCCGAGCUGGGGAGAACCCGGCCGCCGAGAGCCGAGCUGGGGAGAACCCGGCCGCCGAGAGCCGAGCUGGGGAGAACCCGGCCGCCGAGAGCCGAGCUGGGGAGAACCCGGCCGCCGAGAGCCGAGCUGGGGAGAACCCGGCCGCCGAGAGCCGAGCUGGGGAGAACCCGGCCGCCGAGAGCCGAGCUGGGGAGAACCCGGCCGCCGAGAGCCGAGCUGGGGAGAACCCGGCCGCCGAGAGCCGAGCUGGGGAGAACCCGGCCGCCGAGAGCCGAGCUGGGGAGAACCCGGCCGCCGAGAGCCGAGCUGGGGAGAACCCGGCCGCCGAGAGCCGAGCUGGGGAGAACCCGGCCGCCGAGAGCCGAGCUGGGGAGAACCCGGCCGCCGAGAGCCGAGCUGGGGAGAACCCGGCCGCCGAGAGCCGAGCUGGGGAGAACCCGGCCGCCGAGAGCCGAGCUGGGGAGAACCCGGCCGCCGAGAGCCGAGCUGGGGAGAACCCGGCCGCCGAGAGCCGAGCUGGGGAGAACCCGGCCGCCGAGAGCCGAGCUGGGGAGAACCCGGCCGCCGAGAGCCGAGCUGGGGAGAACCCGGCCGCCGAGAGCCGAGCUGGGGAGAACCCGGCCGCCGAGAGCCGAGCUGGGGAGAACCCGGCCGCCGAGAGCCAUGCCGAGGCCCCGGCGGCUGGCGGCGCUGGCCCCGGGCGGUGUCUGAAGCGACGGGCCAGCGAGCUUCCCGCCCACGAGUCCCCGUCUAAAAUCUUCCUUCGGAUGAAGGCCCGGGCCUUGCGGGGGGAGCAGGGCGCCGGGCUGCCCGCCGGAAAGGCGCCGCCGAGCGCCCGCACCAGGGACCUGAUCCUGUCCCCCCCCCUCAAUCCCUGGGACCUGCGGCGGAGGCUGAAGAAACCGGUCACAAAGGAGGGCGGGCAGGGACCCGCCGAGGUGCUCGCUGGGUACAUCCAGCUGGAAAAAGAACUGUUUUGCACUAAGAUUCCGGAGAAGCAAGCCAUGAAAGCACUACCCAUAGACCCUCUUGUACUGGAAUCCCCUCAGAAGUUCUUCCUGCGGAUAAAGCAGAAAUUGCAGCAGCAGCAGAGAGAUCCAACCCCUCCAAACCCCAUCACGCAGAAUAUUCCUCCUUCCACAGCUACAGAAAAGCCGUUAAACGAAGCUGCUUUUGCUGAGCAGCUUGGGAAUGACCCCCCCGAGCCUGUGGCCUCCAACAGAGAGGAUCAGGAUAGUUUCUGUGUGGAAGUAAUGGAUACUGAUGAUGAAAUGCCUCAAAAUACAGUGACUAGUUCUGUGAAUUUGAACUCCACCCCUUUAAAAAAUGGGGGUCAGUUAGAAGAAAGGGAGAGAAAUGGAGAAGCAAAAUGUACUGAACUUGAUCAAGGCGGAAGAGAGUUGCAGCCAGGUGAUAAGGAAGCUGCUCAUGGGGUGCAAGAGGAACUAGAGACUAAUCCCCAGAAGCCCUCACAGUGCUUUUGCAGGGUGAUUCUCUCUCCCCCCAGAGUGAACAUUCUGAGGAAGCAGAAGCUGACAGAAGGCUGUAAGGUCCAUUUGGAUAAACCUGGUACAGAUCACGUUGCCGGCAAAGCAGACCAAGAGAAAACUGUCUGCCUAACCAAAUGGAGAGUUAAAGUGCUGGAUGAUAACACUGCAAUAUGUGUUGAAGGAAAAGAGAAACACACAAAAGAUCUGUUUCGAUGUAGUAACGCAGUUACGGAACGCAUAGCGCGCAACAAAGUGAAGACGUUGUCUGGCUGUAUCUACUUGCUGCAGGGAAAGAUAAAUUCAGCUUUGAUGAGAAAUGAAGGAUUUCCCUACUAUUUCAUCAAAAAAUUCGCAUAUGGGUUUUCCAGAAAGUGGAAGAAAUACGUCGAGGAGUUUCUUGAAGAAAAGAAAAGGAAAGAAGGAAAACAAAAUACUGGUGAGAAUAAAGAGAGUGGCUCAGUGGUGCAUACGGACGUGUUGAAAAAUGCAGAAGGUUCAGCGAGAGGGGUACAGAGGCCUGAAACCAGAAUCAACGCUGCCUAUGAAGUGUUACUGAAGAAUGAUGAAAAUACCUAUACGACGCCAAAGCGCAGUUCCGUCGCGGAUAACUCAAAUGGAUUUUACACCCGUAGUGGCCGUCUGGUUAAACCACCGUUAAAUUUCUGGUGUGGGCAGCGAGAGAUUAUUGAUCAGAGACUAGAUGUUACUCUAGACAGAGGUGGCACAGAUUACCUGAGCGUGAUGUUUAGUAGUGAAAAAUGCCAAAAGACCAGUUUCAUCUCUAAGAAUACAAGAAACGGAAUAAUGAAGGCAACAAAAGAAACACCAAAAAGCCAAAGUGCAUUGCCAAUGUUCCGGCACAGCAGAGAUGAUGAUGACGAUGACUUUGUGCUCACGGACAACCCCCUCACCCCCUCCUCGGCCACCAUCCCCACCAUGAAAACCCCCCAGUGCGAGCACAUCAGCCCCGGGAUGCUGGUGCCCAUCAACAGGGAGGACUACGACAGGCACGUCUGCAGGCUGCAGAAGAUGCGGGGCAGCCGAGGCACCUGGGACAAGGUCAAGAUGAAGUCGGUAAUGCUGCUUCCCCUGAGCGCGGCCUGGGCCCCUCUUAACGCGGGAAGAGAAUCGCGGGGUGGAAAACAGGAACUGUCCCCCACUUCUCUCAGAGAAGGGCCGUGUAGCUCCAGCUUUCCUGGGAGAGGCCGAGAUCCCGGCCGGCUCCCACCUAGGGAAGCAUUUCCGGCAGCUGAGCGGUUCGAACGGGGCCCAGAUCCCCGCAGGCUGAGCCUGGGCCGGGUGCAGCAGCGGCCUAAGCCCGGCCUUUCUCUCCCCCGGCAGGGCGGGGAGGUGCAGGGGACGCCGGCCUCGCGCGCGGCCCGCUGGAGGCAGGCCGAAGCCCCUCAGAAGGGGCUUGGCCUGUCCCAGGCACCGCCAGGCCCUGACCUCCCCUCUCUGGUUGCAGGGGGGGCCCAGGCCUCGCUCGUGGGGAAGCUCUUCGCGGCCAAGGCACCAAACUCCUCAGACGACGAGGAGCAGGACGACUCCGAUUCUUCCGCUUAAGGACCUCGGUGG